AUGUCUAAGUGCGCAUGCGUUUAAGAGUAACUCGAGGAAAGCGGCAGGAGGCGUUUGUUUUCCUUCCUGUGAUUGCUCAUUGCGUGUAUACAGUGUAAGGGAAAGUAUAUUUAUUCCUUUCCGUUGAAACUGUGGAUACUUUUCGGACACUGCAUUAUGAGCAGCUCCUUCUCAGGGGGCUGGAAGUAAAAGGAGAGAGCUGAGGGAUGCGCUCUUUCAGCGUCGCUUCCUGGACUGAGGCGCCGCAUAGGCACCGGCCGCGGUUGAGGUUGUCUCCGUUCCCGCGACAAACACUGCUGUACUAGGUUGUGGUAGGUGUCAAUAGUGUCUGAUGGUGAUCAUUUUGGGGGAAGCCUCUCUGGAAUUAAUGAGAUGAGCCUGAUCAUACGUAACCUGCAGAGAGCCAUCCCCAUCCGGAGAGUGCCACUUCGCCAGAACAUAGAACGACUGCGUUGCAUUUUGGGUGUGCAGCGAUUUGAUCUCGGUGUUAUCUGUGUUAGCAACAGGCAUAUACAGCAGCUCAAUAGAUGCUACAGGCAGAAGAACAUCCCCACAGAUGUCUUGUCUUUUCCUUUUCAUGAGAAUCUGAAAGCAGGAGAACUGCCACAGCAUUUUGCUCAAGAUGAAUACAAUUUGGGAGAUAUUUUUCUAGGGGUCGAAUAUAUUUAUCAACAGUGUGUACAUUACAAUGAAGAUUAUUACAAUAUUCUAACAGUGACAGUUGCUCAUGGCCUGUGCCAUUUGCUUGGCUAUAAGCACAGCACAAAAGCUGACUGGGAAGAGAUGUAUAAAAAGGAAGCACAAAUUCUCCAGGAGCUAAGCAGGUUGUCAGAUACAAACUUCCAGCCAUUAACAAAAAACCACUUCUAGUUGUAAAUUGACCCACAAAUAAAAGAUAUAUAUGUAUAUAUUCUGUUUUGUUUAUUUAAAGUAAUUAAAUUUUUAAGUAAUUUUC